AUGAUCGUUCCUCUGUGUACAAUGCUAGCGUUAGGUAGUGCCGUUUAUAGUCAACAGUUUUUAGAUUACCCUCCGGUAAAUUACACCCAUGGAGACAGUUUUGAAGACUGUGAGCGACGUUUUCCGUUAGAAUCGAGGGAAAAUGUGCACAUACAAGCACUUGGUGGAGUACGAGCCUUUCAGGGUGAAUUUUUUCAUAUGGCUGCUAUCGGUUGGAGCAGAUCCGGCGGAAAAAUCGACUACCUCUGUGGUGGUAGUUUGAUAACUUGGACCUUUCUAUUAACCGCUGCUCAUUGUGCUGCCGAUUUGGAGAAUACUCCCCCCGACACCGUACGCCUAGGCGACACGGACCUUGGCAGCACGGAUGACGAUGAAAUAGCUCAGCAGAUUAAAAUUGCUCGCAUCAUCAAACACCCGCAGUAUCGAGCAUCGAGAAAAUACUACGACAUUGCGCUUAUCGAGCUGCAGGAGCGGGCUUGGAUAAACGGUGCGAUCAGCUUGGCUUGUCUGUGGCGAGAACCGGAAGCACCCACUGAUGUGCUGGAGGCGGUGGGUUUUGGUGCACUAGGAUUUGGAGAAAUGUUAAGUCCCACCUUGCAGAAGGUGCAACUUCGAGCGCUCGACAGGACGAGCUGCGGUGAGCGUAUUCCGAUGAAUCGUCGUCAAAUGCCGGAAGGUUUGCGUGCAGAUCAGCUCUGCGCCAGCAGUGAUACGAUGGACACGUGUGAAGGUGAUUCCGGAGGACCGCUGCAAACAAACUUGCACGAUGUGUUUGGGAAUGUGUAUCCUCUGAUAGUAGGUGUUGUAUCGUUCGGAACUCCAUGUGCAGAGGGAUCGACGGGAGUUUACACCCGGGUCAGCUCGUACGUAGAUUGGAUCGAGAAGGAGGUCAAUCAGUCGCUUAGCUAUGAAGUUUGUACCGGUACAUAUGCGGGUAAUCAAAAACAAAACCCUACAAUAUCAGCUAAAGAAAAAGCAAACUGGCCUGUCUUUCGUCUUGGAUUGCUGUGGGAUAAGGAUGAAGAGGACAUCUUUCAGUGUGGAGGACUACUGAUCGAUUACCAGUAUGUACUCACAUCGGCAGAUUGUGUCACGUCGAGCCGAGGACCUCCAGCGUUCGUUGCAUCGAGUCAAGCUUCUGAUCGAGUCCCUGUUGAAGAUGUCUUGGUUCAUCCACGAUUCAUGAAAGGAAACCCGUUCUUCGAUAUAGCUCUUGUGAAGAUACAAAAAUAUGCGAAUCGAGAAGAAACCCAGCCAGUAUGUCCAUGGAGCGACGAGGUACAUGGUAAUUGGAGCUGGGGUGCGCUUCAGUUCGGAGCAUCAAUUCCACAAUUUACAGGGUUUGAGCGGUUGAAAGUUGCACCUCGACGCUAUGUGCACCCUAAGCUUUCCGGUGAUCGUUGCACGGUUGGUGCAGCAACAGCAGAAAACGAUCUGGUCUGCAUUAGCCGAAAGGCAGCUUUGAUACCGAGACUUUGUCAGGUUGACUAUGGAGGUCCUGUUUUAGUUGAGAUGAUUAGUAACGUAUAUAAAGUGGUUGGCAUACUGUCACGAGCGACACAAGGAUGUGACAGCAAUGUGAUCUUCACCAGCAUUGAGCCCCAUAAACGGUGGCUGGAAUCGAUCAUGUUUAAAAAGUUACACGAACGGCUUAUAUUUAGCGAUUAGCUGCUUACUUAUAGAUGUAU